AUGGUGAAACUAAUAGUUAACGAAAAGUCGUAUGGCGAAAUAACAUUAGAUUGCCAAACUCUUUCUGAAGCCUAUGAUCAAAUAAUAAAACUCGACUCUGAUGAUUCUAGAUAUAAGCUUUUCUUUAUUUUCAAUAAUGAAGAAGUUGGUAAGAUAAAACUUGGUCCGAGAGACAAAUUGCUUAGCUCAGACAUAAAAAUAUCUGAUAUCAUCAGCAAGGAGAAUGAACUUUAUGUGGAACGAAAAUUGUUAAUUACAAUAUACGACGGAAAAAGGAUUAAAAAAUUCGCCUCUAUUAACAAACUUAACAGUAACUUGUCUGACAUCCGUGAUGAGUUAAUUGAGAAAAAAAUUGUAUCGCCAAAUUUUAUCUUUUUAAGAGAAGAUUCGAAAAAAGAGAAUCUUCAAGAAGUUUGUUUAGAAUUUGAAAAGUCUAUUACAUUAGGAGACAUUCUUAAAAAUGAUGUGAUACGUGUUUUGUCUGAAAAGUCUAUUACAUUAGGAGACAUUCUUAAAAAUGAUGUGAUACGUGUUUUGUCUGACAAAUCAUCCUCCAAACUUUCCUCUAUUGAAGCAUCAAAUGCUUCACUUUCUCAAGUUGACCAUGUGAAACAAAAUAUUGAUAUUUAUAAAUUGGAUUACGGAUUAAGCUUUACCAGAGAAGGUGUGAAAUUUGGAAACCAUCAAUCAUUUGACUUCAUUCAACCUGUUAAGUUUUCAAUAUCGAAUAAUUCCGAUAGUUUCGUGGCGGAACUUUUAGCUACUAAAAGAAUAAAUGAUUUUUUCAUUAUUAUUAAUCAAGUUGAUGUAUCCCGUAUAGAAGAUUUGCCAUCAGAAUUACAAACAUUACUCAAGUACGAUGACCAAUAUUUAAAUAAAGGAAACAUUUGUUUUACCGUUGUAAAUCAAAGAAUUGAGUUACAUAUGAGAAAAGAAUUUAUUAAACCAUCAAAAGAAUUCAAGAAUGCAGUAGAUAGAGCCAUUAAUGGAACGGACCCUUAUUUAAAGUUGAAGAAUGUCUUUGCAAUUUUUGGAAACUUCGUUGCUCAACGAGUUAUAUUAGGCCAUAAGUUAUUCAAUUACACUGAAAUAGAUUAUGCUGAAAUAGAUAAUAUUAAAAAUGAUAAGAUAGAAUGGACAACUAUUGAUAAUUUCAGAAACAUCUCAAAAAGCUUAGAAGGCAUGAUGAUGUAUAUUAAUAAAAAUGACGGGUUUCUAACUCCCAAAGGUCAAGUGAUUGGACGAAAUGAAUUUGAUAGUUUGAUUGAGUCUUUCUAUAACAAUAAUGCUAAUUUACAAGCUGUUUGUUAUGGAAAUUUGGUUGCAAUUUAUGAAAUUUUCGAAGAACCUAUUUGCAGCAGGAUUAAAUCAAUUCUUAAAACUCAUGAGCACGACUAUUCUUUGUUAAAGACUUUGGGAUCAAUCGAAGAUGACAUGUUAAAAACGUAUCAUCCUUUGUCAAAAG